AUGCUCCGCAACGGGCAACCGCCGCCGGGCGCCCCGGGGGGCGGAGGGGCGACGACGGGAGCGGGGCCGGGCCGGGCCUGCCCUGCCCUGUCCCACCGGGCCUGUCCCCCGCGCCCCGGCGCCGCCGGCCCUGCGGUAAUUGGCGCCAGCAGCGGGGGGCGGCUGCAGCGGUGGAGGCCUGGGACUUCCGCCAAGUCAAACCAUCGCGGAGCUCGGCGGCGAAACGAGCUCCCGCAGGGAACACCGCGUUGGAAACAGCUCGAGCGGCUGCGGCGGGAGCUGGGUUUUCCUCAGGUAGCGUGGCCGGGCCCGCUGACAGGUGAGGGGCCCAGAACUGACACAGGAUUCAAGGUGCAGCCUCACCAGUGCCCAGCGCAGGGGGACAGUCACUGCCCUGGCCCUGCUGCCACACUGGUGCUGAGCCAGGCCAGGAUGCCAUUGGCUUUCUUGGCGACACUGCCAGCUCGUAUUCAGCUGGCUGUCAACCAGCACCUCCAGGGAAAAAGAUGGCUGGCAGACCAAAAUGCAGAAAAAGGUGAAGUCAAGACAAGGAAGUUGGUGGUACAUGAAUUCUGCAAACCAGGUGAAUACCAUGAGCAGUCUUGGUCUGAGCCACUUGGAGCUCCUCCAGGGAACACAGUAAUUAGCUGGAUUUCUUCAGCCAGCCUGAUGCGAGCUUGACCUUUUCUGUGUAUUGCUUAAAAGUGUGGUGGGACAGCAUGGGAAGUAGGAUAAUGUAGGAAGAAGAAGAAAAGGAAAGGAAGUGUUAACCAUCACAGGCAGAUCUGUAAACAUUUAAGUGUGUUUCAGAGCCUAGAGUGGAAUUCAGGAAUCACAAAUCUUGAUAUUUUUAUUUUACCCUAUAUUUAUAUAGGGUAAAAUAUAAAAAAAUAUACAAAAUAUAAGAAAAUAUUAAAAAAUGUAUAUUUUACCUCCUGGUCAUGAUUGGACAACUCCUGGUGGUGAUUGGACUUUGUAUUGGAUGGCAUAGUGCUACUCAGUUCACUUUGUUACAGAUUUUUUUGCUGAAGACUUAAAUGAACUGGUGGUUUAUGUAUGUUCCAUAGGAUGGAAUUUAAUAAUUUUCCUUUUUAGAAACAUUGAACACACCUGAAAGUACUCAUGAAAGACUGUUCUAUUCUGUAAACCAAAAGUCAGGCUGGUAUUAUUGCAAUGUUAAUUUGUCCCUGUUGUCAGUAUGCAUUUGUUUGUAUCAUUUCAGCAUAUGUUUAAAGGUUGGAUCUCUUCACCAUUCAUGGUGCAUGGGAAAAGUCACACUCCUGGAAUUAAAGCUAUUUAGUGAAUGCAA